UUCACGGCUGCAUACCAUCAAUACCUCUGUAGCCUGAAUGGUGACAGCAGUCAGCAGGUACACAGGUGACAUGCUCGCACACUUCCAGCGUUUUCAUGGCUCGUUCUGCGCCUCUGUGGCACGUUUAUCAUUCGUGGUCGCAUUUUAUUGUGGACUGUUCAGGAGGAAUAUAACGAGUGGGACAUUAUUGUAAGUGUUUGAGAGGUUUAUGGGUGUGAUUCUCCCGCUGCCGGGUCUUAUUUGGAGUUGGAAAGCGACUUUACGCACAAGAUAACCUCAAUCCAAGACUUGGAAGUGACCACUGCGCGGUGGGAUGGCGGAGGAAACCUUCAACGAUUCAUUACCAGAUCUGAAAGAAGUGGAAAAUAAAGUUGGCAGGAAGACACCAGAAAGUCUUCUGAUUUGGAUGAGGGAUGCUGCGGACGGCGAAAAUGGAUGGAGGUCUGAUGUGGUGGACAUGGGAGACCGCAGCUCCGCUAGUUUUUCUGACAAAAUAAGCAACCUAAAACAAGAGAUGAGGUGUCUGCGUUCUGCUGAUGUGAGGAUUCUGCGGCAGCUGGUGGCCGUGCACGAAGGAAUCGAGGCGAUGCGUUGGCUGAUGGAGGAUCGAGGCUCGUUAACCAGUCAUGGCAGCAGCCUGACAGGAAGCCUGAGCAGCCUGGUAACGGAGGAGGAGGCCUCCAUGUUCCCCUGCAGAGAAAGCCUGAGUCCAACUCAGGAUUUUACUGAAACCUCUGGAGAGGAAUCAGCUGAUCACACACCAUCCACUGAUGACGCUGAUACAAACCACAAGAGCUGCUUUGACAUGGAGAUCCCUGAGUCUACUGAAGCAAGGCAUUCUAGUCCUUCCACAUCUGAGUUUGAAGUCAGUCUUUCCACACAUGGCAGGCACCAUCGGGCAUCAUUUACUCCUGGUAAUGGUUUGGUUAGUGCCAACUUUCCAAAGUCACAACCACAAAACCUAAAAGCCGGUGCUGACAUUAUCAGAAGAGCUCUCCACAGAUCUAGCAGGGCAAGAAGAGACAUGAGAGCAGAUAGUGGUAGCUUUUCCAUCACUGAACAGUCACAGACAGAUCAACAAACUCAGGAGCAUCCCAGAACCUCUCAGAACACCAUGGAAGAGAAAAAGACUGCGCCCAAUAGAGAGACUGCUUUGCUAGGCUAUGAUGCUCAGUGGUGCUGGGUGGAGUCACUGGACGAUGUGAUGUUUCUAUGACCUCCCAUAAGCACCAUUUAAAUGGAUCUGGGUUGAAGCAGUAAUGCAGUAGGAUUUAAAAUGCACUUUGAAGCUGUUAAAUAAAUGAAGUAGAUGUA